UCUGCAACAACCCUUUCAGUGUUCGUGUAACCGUUUCAGUUGGCUAUACAUUUGAAAGAAAAGCACCGGCACAUUCAGGCAGAGCGUGCCAUUGGCGUUGCAUAUUGCUUUUAAGCAAUUUUGAGUCAUAAGAAAUUGAUCACAAUGGGAAGUCCCUUACGCAGUGGAAAAAUCAGAAAGUCUAAUGAGACAAUGAGGUUCACUGUAACAGUUUUUCUUGGAGUUGUUUUUGGCUUCCUUCUGGGAAUUUCGUUUCCAACACUCUCAUUAGCUAAGAUAAAUCUCCCCUCUGGCCUUUUCCCAUCAAUUGAUCUCACAAAGAUUGAGGACGACGAUUAUUCAACUAUUUCAACCAAGGGAAUUUGGGAUGCAUGGGUUUCUUUUAGCCGCGACAGAAGCAAUUUCAAUGGAAUUCAAAAAUAUGACGAGGCCAAUAUAUGGGUUCCCACAAAUCCUCGAGGGGCUGAAAGGUUACCCCCCGAUAUAGUCAGACCCGAGUCAGAUCUUCAUCUUCGUCGGUUAUGGGGUCCGCCCGUGGAGGACCUAAUCAUCGAACCAAGGUACCUUGUAACUUUCACUGUUGGUUAUGGUCAGAAAGACAAUGUUGAUGCUGCAGUGAAAAAGUUCUCCAAGAACUUCACUAUUGUUUUGUUUCACUAUGACGGUCGGACUAGUGAGUGGGACCAGUUUGAAUGGUCAAAACGGGCAAUCCAUAUAAGUGCUCCGAAGCAAUCUAAAUGGUGGUUUGCUAAACGCUUUCUGCAUCCUGACAUCGUGGCACCCUAUGACUACAUCUUCAUUUGGGACGAGGAUCUGGGCGUGGAGCAUUUUGAUGCAGAGGAGUACCUG